AAGAGUGAGGGCUAGGAGGCCUGCUGGCCUGCGCCGCGCCACUCCGCUGUCGCGUCGUGCGAUCGUAGCGUUGGUGGGGAGUCAAGUGUUUUUCGUCUCCCUCUCGCACGUCCCUUCCAGUUCCGUCGUCGAUCUCGCUCGUUCUUCCCGUCUCGUGCUCCCUCGCGCUUAUGAAUUGAUAGCAAACACAUGGUGGACACGCUGUGCUCCGAGCCCGCCCGACCAGUGGUGCGCCUCGUCGAGGCCCCCGGAUUCCUCUCUCGAUCUCCUCGCAACGUGACUGCCUCGCCGAGUUCAGCCCGCCAUUGACAACUUGAAACUGUCAGCGGCCAGCGAUUGGUUUGUGUUACAUUUCAUCGCUACACUGUGACGCUGUGUCAACAAUUGGUGAUUUCGAUGGCACCGAACGAUCGUUUGUCGUUUCGAGUAGCGGUGCGUUGCCUCUGCGCCACGAAAAGUGUAUUUAUCACAAAGUGAUUCGUCUAUGACGCCAGACGAUCCUUCGAUAGGAAGGAUUCUCUCCUCUCUAUACGUCAGAGGACGUGUGUGCAUUAUGGGAUAGACAAUCAGGACUCUCCGAUAAAUCGAUCGGCAUGUGAUCAUCGGCGCUGUGCGGGAUCAAGUUCAAUGUUAUACACGUGGAACUGAGUGAGCCAACUUUUCAUCUUCGAUGGUGCACCUCCGACUUAGAUGAUUUCACUACGAACGACGAAUUUCCGCACCUCGAGAAAUAUCGAGAGAGAAGGCACGAGAGAGAACACGAGUUCGAUAGUGAAAUAUAAAAGAAAAACGGACGAAUGAGACACUGAUGAUUCUGGACUACGUGCAUGUGCAGUGAUUACACAAGAUCGGCACUCAUGUACGUUGAUUACGGCGGCGACACUUAUGCCGGAAUGGGAAUCAAGGCCAUGAAGUCCUUUGGCAGGUCCAGAGAUAUACCGGCGCAAGUGCCGCCGUUAACACCUGGGACCAAUAAGAAGAUGACUGAGGCUCUGGAGGCCUCCUUCGCGUCUUGGGAAAAGGAACGACUCCGCCUGAAUAUAACUAAAGACCCAAGGCAAUGGUCGGAAGCAGCUGUUGCCCACUGGAUGCACUGGGCUAUCAGGGAAUUCUCGCUGGAGGGUGUGGCGAUGCAGCAACAGCCGUGGCAGCACAUGACCGGGAAACAGAUUUGUGCCAUGGGGAAGGAAUCCUUUCUAGCACGUGCCCCCGCCUUCAUGGGCGACAUCCUGUGGGAGCAUCUCGAGAUCCUACAGAAAGAUGUCGACGCAGCGAAGGCCUCUCUGGAGAACGUGCCGGCGAACUUGUAUGAAAGCGUAUGCGUGCCAGAUUUAGGUGAUUUUUUGGGAUACCAGGGUGGCGGCCAUCAGGUGGCAACACCAGAACAUAAAAAUCCGCCGACGCCCGCCAAUUCGACCACCUCCAACUCCUCCGGUCCUCCUCAGAGCGGUACGCAACAACAACCCCCGAUACAACCCUCUUCGGGCGCGGUGUCCCUGCCAUCGAGACAGUAUCAUAACGAUGGCGGCUACAAUCACCUGCGCAGCCCCGUGUGCCAAGACGAAAGUCAAAGAGACGAAACGUCGCCUCCACCUCACAGCCAUAGCACUCAACCACCGACCUCUCACUCUAGUACCCCUAACAGUAAUAACAACAAUAAUAACAACAACAAUGCCAACAACGCGUACAUCCAUCUAAGGAAUUUAAAUCAGCUCAAAACGGAAUCGAACUACAGCAAUCACCACAUAGCUGAGCAUCUUCAAGGCGGUGGCGGUGGCCUGAGCAGCGGGGGCGAGCUCGCGGGCACAGGUAGUAACGAGAGCGAUUUGAGAGUCAACGCGACUGCCACGACGGAGAGUUACAUGACGCCGGCGCAUUAUUCGGGAUACGACGAGGCGUCCGAGUAUCACAGCUUGUCACAAGAUCACCAGGCGCCGCAUCCGUACAAUUUGGACAACUCGCCAGACUUUUACGGCGCCAGCGGAAUUCACAUCGAGCCCAAAUACCAGCCGUCACCGUUCAAGAACUAUCCUCGAGGACGCUACCACGAGGGUUACAGCGAGAGCGGCGGAUACGGGCAGUACGAUGCAACGCCGUUCCAAACGGUUCCCGGAAGCGGAAGCGGUGCUGGAGGCGGCGGCGUCGGCGGUGACCAAUGGAGUGUCGGGCUUGGGGAUCAUCUGCCUCAUCAUCCCGCGUUUCUUGCGGGACUUGGACCACGAGAUUCCUCCAAUCCUCAUCAUCCCACAUCUAUCGCCAAUAAUGCAGACCAAAAGCCGUUACUGCAGAGUUCAAUGCUCACCGGUUAUCCAGGUGGCGGCCCACCAUGCUUUACUGGAUCAGGUCCAAUUCAGCUAUGGCAAUUUUUGCUGGAGCUUUUAACUGACAAAGCGUGUCAAGGUUUCAUUUCGUGGACCGGCGACGGCUGGGAAUUCAAACUGACCGAUCCGGACGAGGUUGCACGUCGUUGGGGUAUUCGCAAGAACAAACCCAAGAUGAACUACGAGAAGUUGAGCCGAGGCUUACGCUAUUAUUACGAUAAGAAUAUUAUACAUAAAACUGCUGGCAAGCGAUACGUAUAUCGCUUUGUAUGCGACUUACAAAGUCUACUAGGAUACAGCCCUGAUGAGAUACACGCAAUGGUAGACUUGAAGCCGGAGAAGAAGGAAGAAGACUGAGUUUUUUGUUAAUGAACACGUGCUUUAGGACUGUAUCACACAGAUAAACGAAAUGUAAUAAUACAAAUUCUUUGCAUUGAAUAUGCAAGAACGAAGGAAAAUGUAAGGACGAAGUAUCCGUACGAGGAAAUCGCUAUGAAAUAAGUAUAUUCAGAUGCAGAAGACUGUGAUAGUCCGUCUUCUUUAUUCAGAUAUGAACAAAAAUCGAAUCGGUCAUAUGUACCAAAGACAGGGUCUGCAUACCAUUGGUGCCUAAAGUUGAAUAAAUCGCGAAUUUGUUUUUAAGAGUGAUUGAUUUAUCACAGCAGAUUUUAGAGGAUAUUUAUAGGAAUAACUCGUCAAUUUAUAUAUAUAUAUAUAUAAAUAUAUUUUUAAUGUUACAUGAUUUUUCAACGCUAUACUAGCGUCAAGAUACUUGGUGAUGCUGCUAAAUUAUUUAUGUCUCAUCAUUUUAAUAUGUGUGUUAUAUCUCGUUGAUAGAUGACUCGAUAUGUGAUUGUUAUUACAAUAAUUUUACAAUAAACUCAUUACGAUAUGCUAUAUAGCGAGCUUCUCAAUCCGACAUUUAUGCUUUUUUGUAUAUGUAUAGAUUUUAAUUUAGAAAUUUAACCUAUAUUCUUCCAAGCUCGCUUCUCUAAAAGAAGAAACAUGUAUUUUAUAUUAUUUCUUAAUUAUUG